AUGAAAGUGGGUUUAGUUGGUUUCCUUGAAACUAGAGUACAGACCAAGAAUCUAGGGUCUGUAUAUCUAAACAUGUUUUCAGGGUGGUGUUCUACUUCGAAUAAUGCAUGGCAUAAAGGAGGGAGAAUAAUGGUCAGUUGGAACCCGAGUAUAUUCUUGGUUAAUAUAAUUCAAUGUACUAGUCAAUUGAUGCACUUGGGAGUUACUACUGUGUCUGACAACGAAUGUUUUCUAGUUACAUUUGUUUAUGCUUUUAAUGAGGAAAGUGGCAGGAAUGUAUUAUGGGCUGACUUGAAAGAAUUGUCAGCAACAAUGAGGUAUCCAUGGCUUCUACUAGGAGACUUCAAUGAUAUACUGAGUGUUGAAGAAAGAAUAGGGGGCGGGACUCCACAUUGCACAGGGGCUUUCAAAGAGUGUAUGGACUUUUGUCAAAUGGAAGAUAUUAAGUUUUCAGGUGCCUUUUUUACAUGGAAUAAUAAACAAGGUCCUGAUACAAGAUUGUAUUCCAAGAUUGAUAGAGUCAUGGGAAACCAAGCAUGGUUGGAUAGAUAUCAGAAUGCAGAGGUGAAGUUUAUGAAUGAAGGAAGUUUUGAUCAUUGUCCAGCGCUUUUACAAGUCUAUCCGGAAGUGAAGUCAGGGAAAAAACCAUUUCGAUAUUUUCGAAUGUGGCAAAAAGCUCCAGGAUUUCAUGAAAAACUACAAGAGGUGUGGCAGGAGCAACUUUUUGGUGCACCAAUGCAUCAACUAGUCCAGAAACUGAAGAGUCUCAAAAUUAAACUGAAAGAGUUAAAUCGAUUGCAAGUUGGAGAUAUUCAUUUGGCUGACUAUUUAACAUUACAAGAGCUACUCUCUUGUCAAUCGGAACUUCAACUUAAUCCGAGAGAUAAGGAGCUCAUCAUCAAAGAGAAGAAGGCCCAGGAGAGCCGAGUGUAUUCCAUAAAGGAUAAGGACGGUGUUCAGGUGCAUGAUCAUCAACAGAUUACAGCAGCAUUCUUAAACUACUAUGAUGAUCUUUUGGGAUCUACUAUGGUUAACCGCAUGAGAGUAGUGCCAGAGGUGAUCACACUAGGCCCAUUGAUUAUUGAAUCUCAUGUUCGAAUUUUGCUCUGCCCUUACACAAAUGAAGAAGUUAAAGAUGCUACGUUUGCAAUUUCGGGGAACAAGUCACCUGGACCGGACGGAUAUAGCAGCUUCUUUUUCCAAGAUAAUUGGGAGAUGGUAGGAGAGGAUGUGAGCAAAGCUGUGAAAUCAUUUCUACAUACUGGUUUGAAGGAGGACUUUCAGUUUUAUGAUAGAUGUGAGAAACUUAAAUUGAAUCACUUGUGUUUUACUGAUGAUGUCCUGCUUUUCUGUCUUGGAGAUUUUAAGUCUAUUUAUCGAAUGCUACAAGGCUUGAAGCACUUCUCCCAAUCGCCAGGCUUGCUGCCAAGUAAGGAAAAAACGUCCAUUUAUUGCAGCAACAUGACUGAAAAUGAGGUACAACGAGUAAUGCAAAUUUCAGGUUUCCAUAAAAACUCUCUUCCUUUCACUUACUUGGGGAUUCCUAUUUGCGCAAAAAAAAUACCAGCUGCGGAAUGUGAGGUGAUUCUCGAAAGAAUGGUUCAGAGAAUUAGAGUGUGGAGUUCGAGGAAUCUCUCUUAUGCUGGAAGAGCUACCUUGGUGAAUUCAGUUCUCAUGGCUAUCCAUUCUUAUUGGGCGCAAGUUAUGAUCAUUCCUAAGAAGAUCUUACAUAGAGUUAAUGCAAUAUGUAGGAACUAUUUUUGGAAAGGUACGGUAGAUUCAACUAGCUCAGGACAGGUGGCAUGGGAGGAUAUGUGUCGUCCUAAGAAGGAAGGUGGCUUGGGUUUCAGGAGGAUUACUAAGUGGAAUGAAGCUGCCAUAGGCAAGUAUGUUUGGGUAGUCUCCUCAAAACAAGAUACUCUUUGGGUCCAAUGGGUGCAUGCGGUAUGCAUAGGAGGUAGAGAUUGGUGGGCCUAUGAGGCUCCUAGUGCAAGUAGUUGGUACUGA